GCACUGUACGGCUCCAUCAAGAAUGAGAAGCUGCAAUGGGCCAUAGAUGAGGAGGAGCUGAGAAAGUCCCUUUCAGAGCUGGCAGACCCCAACCCAAAGUCCAUCAAGCGCAUCAGCAGCUGCAGUAACCCCUUUCUGGACUUCUCCCAAGAUUCCAGCAUCGCCACCUACAAGCACGGACUGUUAGUGCGCAAGAUCCACGCUGAUCCUGACUGCAAGAAAACACCCCGAGGGAAGCGCGGCUGGAAGCCCUUCCACGCCAUCCUGAAGGGGAUGAUUCUUCACCNUUCGCAGGAGGAGUAUAAGCCAGGGAAAGCGCUGGCAGAAGAGGAGCUGAAGAAUGCUAUUAGCAUCCACCAUUCGCUUGCCACGCGAGCAUCUGACUACAGCAAGCGGCCCAAUGUCUUCUACCUCAGGACAGCUGACUGGAGGAUCUUCCUCUUCCAAGCACAGAACCCUGAACAGAUGCACUCGUGGAUCACACGCAUCAAUGUGGUGGCAGCCAUGUUCUCUGCACCCCCCUUCCCUGCGGCCAUCGGCUCCCAGAAGAAGUUCAGCCGCCCGCUGCUGCCUAGCUCCUGCACCAGGCUGUCCCAGGAGGAGCAGGUGAAGAGCCAUGAGACCAAGUUCAAGACGAUGUCAGCAGAGCUGCUAGAGCAUCGCUCCUCACUGCCUGAGAAGAAGGUGAAGGGCAAGGAGUACGAGGAGCUGAAGCAGAAGGAAGAGUACCUGGAGUUUGAGAAAUCCCGCUACGGCACCUACGCCAUGCUGCUGCGGGCCAAGCUGAAGGCCGGCUCCGAGGACCUGGCAACAUUUGAGUCGACCCUCUUUGAUGCAGCGGGCGGGGAGGACGAUGGCCUGAAAAAAUCGCGCUCCAGCCCCUCCCUCAAUGCGGAGCCCUCCGGCACGGCCACCAAGGUGAAGCGCAACAUCUCGGAGCGCGCCAGCCGCCAGCCCUCUGGCCACCCCCAGAAGUCGUAAGCCAGGGGCAUCAGCCACCCACGCUGCAGCUCUGUUCCUGUCCCCCCCAUGGAGCCGGGGUGGAGGCCUUGUGCCCACCAAGACCCUGCAUGAGUCCGUCUGUCUGCGGCACGAGCUGGGGGACUGACAGCCCUUCCCCAGCCGCCAGCACCAGCCAUGCAAGGCCGCGGCCUCUCUGCCGGAGAUGGUGGCAGAUCAAGACGGUCCCUGGUCAUUGCCUGCGGGAGCUGCUAGACCCCAUCAGACUUGCUCCUGCCCCUCCUUGUCCUAUGCUUGGCUGC